GUCUUUUCUUUUUUCGUCAAAUGAAAAAGAAACCAGUUAUUCGCUUCGAGUUUACUAUAAAAUCAAAUUCUUGGGCGUCGUAUUGCUGCCGGCAAAGUGUCCUUGAAUAUGUGUGGCUUUCAUUUGCAGCUGAUGGAAAAGGAACUCGACUUCAACUGGUUACGUGCUGGUGACGUGCAACUCUGUAGUUGACUUGGCGACAGUAAAUGUUUAAAAUCUGUAAAAUUGUAUUGGCAUCAGAUGGUUAGCUCGGUUUACAUUAAAAGUAAAUACUGCCAACACGUUGGGGUAUUUUUAAGACUCUAAAGCGGAACAAAAUAACAUGUGACGUCCAAUUACUCUGUUAUCGUAAUAAUAAUUUGACGAAACUAUACUAAUCAUCAUUCCGGCAUCAUUCCAAACCCUAAGCAUUCAUUUUCGUGUUUACCGGUAUCUUGCUUUCCACUCCUACCGGAGCUAGUGCCCGGUGCUGGGUUCGCCAUCUGUCAUGCUGGUCUAUAACAGCAUUAAUCAACGUUCGAGUACACCGGCGUACAGGAUUGUCCCACGGCCUAUACGUUAGAUUUCCGUAGCAGUGCGAUGAACUCGUCGACCAGCAGCCGGCCAACCAGUUUUCCGCUUCAUCUCUAUAAAGGUAAAGGGGCGUGACCACCAACAGUUUCCUUCCUGCUGCUGAUGCGGGGCGAUGAAAAUAGCACAAGCCAUCAGUUGUCGAUAGACUGAGACUCUAGUUUGUCCAUCACUGCUGCGCUUCAACUGCUGCUGCCAAUAACGCGCAUCACGGAGCAGCAGCGGCCAGCAGCCUCAAGGAGCGAUUUUUGAAUUGCUCUCGGGAGAUGAACGUCAGAACAGUGGGUCGUUGUUUCACCAGUUCAUUCGGAUGGCUCAUACUGACGUGUGGGGCUCUGUACUUUGUGUAUUUCGCCCAAUUGAUGGUGGUGUCGCCGACGACGUCCUAUCAGCAGCAGCAGUUGCCGGCCUCCUUUAGCAAUCAUUUGCUGGCCAUCGGCAGCAGCACCCAGCAAGUCGUCGUCAAUCGCAGUCGGUGCUGUGUGAUGUCGGGCCGGCAGCAGAAGACCGCCGACGUUUGCGGCCGUCCCAAUUGCACCCGCAACUGCCCAGAUCCCGUUCAAAUUCCCAUCAGCAUCGAUGACAGCCGAGCCAACGCCUUUUUCCUCGAGACUUCCGGCAGUGGCGGUCUCAACAUCCGCCAGGCCUGCGCCGUCGAGUCGCUGGCCUUUCACAAUCCGAAUCUGAACGUCAAUGUUUUGUUUGUGGGUGGACAAAUCAACGCCAGCAGCAGCAGCAGUUCGAUUGUUGAUGCGCGGAAGCUGGCCGAAACGUACGCCAACAUCCAUCCGAUUGGUCUCGAUUUGGACGAGUAUCUCGCCGGAACUCUGAUGGAGAAAUGGUACCACUGCACCGACUGGCGGACGGGUCCCUACCACGUCUCCCACCUGAGCGACGGCCUCCGUUUUCUGACGCUCAACAAAUACGGCGGAUAUUAUUUCGACCUGGACGUGCUGAUGGUUCGGUCUGUCACGCAGUUUCGCAACUUUGUGGCAGUCGAGAACUCAAAGGACAUGGGCAGCGGCGUAAUUCACGCCGACUUGGGCAGUCCGUUGAUGCAACUGUCGGUCCAAGACUUUGCCGCCAACUACAGCGCGGGACUGUGGACGCACAACGGUCCCCUUUUGCUGUUGCGCGUGUUGAGGCGCUGGUGCAACGUCGACGACCUCCAGUCAAUGGAUUACAUCCGCUGCCAAGGAUUCCACGUCCUCCCGUCGUCGUCCUUUUGCCCGGUGCACUACACCCAACUGGGUCGAUUAUUCGACAAUCAGCAGCAGCAGCGGCGGCCGGAUAAUGAAACAUCAACGGACGAGACAACAGCAAUGACAAGGCCCGAGUGGCUGACGGACCAAGUGGUGGGCAUUCAUACCUGGAACAAGUUGAGCUACAACCGGCCCAUUCACAAGAAUUCAACGCAGACCUACAACCGACUGGCCCGUCAUCAUUGCCCUCUCACCUAUUCAUUGGCCCCCCAUGUCUUUUGAAUAAUGCAGAAAUGUCUGCCGCCGUGUAUUAAUG